UGGAGUAGAGGGAGUUUGGGAGAAUCGGGUUUUUACAAUCGGCUGUAUCGCGGUAUCUGAUGAUGAAAUUUUGGAGGAGAUUUGAUGAUUCUGAGGAGGAGCGUGCGGCCAAAGUCUUGGAGAAAUUCAACUCGAUGUUUAUCUGUUUUAUUUCAUCGACGACCUUAACCUUUUCCCUGCAACUCCCUCGUCUCUUUUCGAGCAGACAAUGUCUCGUGAGGAGAAGGGAAAUCCUUAUGUGCGAAUGACAGAACACGUGGACCCGGAUGACUCACACGAUCGUAAAGGGAGAUGUUACCACAAGAGAAUUAUGUGGGGGAAAGACCGAACGCUGAAAAAUAUUCGGAGAAUGACGAAAUUCGCACGGACAUCGAUUGUAUUUUGAGGGCAGUCACGGAAGCGGAUACACGUUUCUCUUCGAUACGGUGGGGGCCACGAUAAGCCGUUGCCUCUCUUUCUUCAGCACCUCUUCUCGCUCCAUCGAAAGACGAGAGCUGUCGAUAUUUUACCAAGGAAUUUUUCAUGCUUUGUACAUCGUCUUGAAAGCCUCGGAAAAUGCCUGUCCCCUCCUCCUCCUCAUCUUGUAUAUUUUUUCACCACUCGACGAGUGAUUUCUCGUGUGAUCCCCGCGGCUGAACGAAAUCAAGUCAUUAGAGAACACACUCGAUCUGGGGCUAAAACAAUUAUCAUAACUCCAAACAAAUGUAUUUCGUCUCACGCUUGAGUCCCAAAGUCUGCAAAGCAGAACAAUUGGGCUGCUAGUGGUUCUGUGACAUUGCUCUCUUUCUCUCUCUCUCUUCAAGAGCGUUGAAUGUCGCCUUGAAGAAUGAAUAGAGACAGAGCGAUGUGGAAACCUGCUCUUACCAACACUGGAGCCCAACAAUACUCACAAUAAGAUAACAAGACGGGAAGAAAGAAGUGGAGGAGCGCAGGAGAAAGAGGCUCCCCCCGCCCCUGUCCCUCACCCUUGACUCUUCUGGGAGAUGCCACAGUCGUUCUACGCUCGUCUUCUCCACCGCACGUACCACCCCUUUGACCCAUCCCUCUAUUCAGUGUUUCACCGCGAAAGGCGAAACAUUUGCCCGAAUUAUCCCCGGGUACUUUGGUCCUUUUACGAGGCACAUGGAAACCCGCAGGAUUAUGACGAGAGGAGGAGUAUUGGCGGUGAAAAUAAAUGUGAAGGUGUACACAAAACUCACUCAUCCUGCGCGCAUGAGCAAACUCCAUGAGAAUAGAGAGCGAGAUAGAGAGGAGAAAACAAGGAAGCUCAGAGCCGUGCAAAUAGUGUAGAUUACCUUGAUUAGUUUGCCCUAUCCGUACUCUCGUACACCCUUUGUCCGCGAGAGAAAGAGAAAUUGAGAGGGAAAUACGAGUCCCCUGGACCAACUGUGGAAUUGGAUGUUUACGGAAGAUUUUUUUCACCAUGGAGAAAAAAUUCCAGCAGUGCCUCCGGAGGAAUAUUAUUGGGACACUGCACACGCGUUCUCACCACUUGGCUGUCGGAAUUGUUGAUUCAACGAGUCGAGAGCGCGGGGAUGAUAUCGAGAGUGUAUCGAGGUGUCGAGCGGUUAGGUUGCAGCUCAGGCGACUGGCGGAUGGUGAGUGGAGACUGAGCUUCUCUCCAACUAGUCUGUCUCACUCCGGUUGUACCCACUACUGGGGGGACGCAGUCGGGCCGAAGCACUGUCUCACUUGCAGCUUUACUUGGCUUUCAGGUGCUUUCUUCUCGUCUUUCGGAAGUAGUUCAGAUUAUAAACGAACUAUUCCUCCCAUACCUGAUCAUUUGCAUGGAAUUGAUAUUUUUCUAUUAGGGAAAUCUAUCUAUAACUACUCGUAAUUAUUGAAAUUCUAAUGGUUCAAUGCAAAGAUAUAUAUUUGAACAUUUUAAGUUGAAUAAGUAACAUAAGGAAAUUUAAUUAAACUAUCUUGUUAAUUAAUUUAAUUGACUGAGGGAGAGAAAUUGGUUAUUGAUUGAUCUAAUAGCCUAUGAGACGAUUAUCGUCAGCUGAUAAAUCAAUUCACUCAAAAAGCAAAUGGUAUUUAAUUUAAAAAAUGGGAUGACAAACCUCGAGGACGUGAGAAUCGCGAAGCAAUUUCACGGAGUGAAUGGCUCUCAGUUUUUAAUUGUGUUCGUUAGCGAUAACAGUGUGCCGUAACGUUCGUCAUUAUGAAGUAGAGACCAGAGAACUCUAGAGUGUAGCAGCUGUCUCUCGAGUGUCAAACGGUUUCAACGAGAGAGGGGGAGACAGAUGGACCCGAUAAUAAAAAAAAAAUUAAAAAAAUGAAAUUACGAGGAAUGAAUCAAUUUUCACGUUCAUUGGAUUAUUGGAUUGUGUAGGUGAGUCAUGACCUUUUCAUCAUUUUUUUACUAAAGUCUUUGCACUUGACCGUCCGCUAAAUCAUAGUAUAAAAAUAUCUAAAAAAUUUCAACAAAUUUUUGAAAAUUCACUCUACUGAUUCACCACUAUGAACAAUUGAAGAGUGAAGUUGAAAAUACGACAGGGAAUAGAAACGGGUUUUCUUAACACCUAUUUGAAAGCGUAAAUUUUGCCUCACGUCUUAUCUCCUGAUAACCCAAACAAUGAACAUUGAUACAAUUUAAUACUGCCACCCGAACAACUAAUCCAAGAUAUCCCGAGAGUUAGUCAGAAAUAUUGAAACCCCCAUAAUAUCUCUGAACUGCUCCUGUUAUAGA